GGACUCUGAAUUCUGGAAAAAGCCUUGACCAUGAGGUUGAUCCUGUUAUAUGGUGCCCUUUUUGGGCUUAUUUACUGUCGAGAAACAUUUGUGGGAGACCAAGUUCUUGAGAUCAUCCCAAACAAUGAAGAACAAAUUAAAAGUCUGAUACAACUAGAGGCUGAAGAACAUCUCCAGCUCGACUUCUGGAAAUCACCCACCAUCCCAGGAGAGACAACUCAUAUCCGAGUUCCCUUUGUCAGUGUCCAGGCAGUCAAAGUUUUCCUGGAGUCCCAGGAAAUUGAUUAUUCCAUCAUGAUUGAAGAUGUUCAGGUGCUGUUGGAUCAAGAGAAUGAAGAGAUGCUAUUUAAUCAGAGAAGAGAACGGAAUGGUAAUUUCAACUUUGGGGCCUACCAUACAUUGGAAGAGAUCUCCCAAGAAAUGGAUCACCUCGUGGCUGAGCACCCUGAUCUAGUGAGCAAAGUGAAUAUUGGUUCUUCUUUUGAAAACAGGACAAUGAACGUGCUCAAGUUCAGCACCGGAGGACACAAGCCAGCCAUCUGGCUAGAUGCUGGGAUCCAUGCUCGAGAGUGGGUUACACAAGCUACUGCACUGUGGACCGCAAAUAAGAUUGCCUCUGAUUAUGGAAGAGAUCCAUCCAUCACUUCUAUUCUGGAUACCAUGGAUAUCUUCCUGUUGCCUGUUACAAACCCUGAUGGAUAUGUGUUCUCUCACACCACCAAUCGUAUGUGGAGAAAGACCCGAUCCAAGGUGGCUGGCAGCCGCUGUGUUGGUGUGGAUCCUAACCGGAACUGGGAUGCAGGUUUUGGAGGACCUGGAGCCAGUAGCAGCCCUUGCUCUGAUUCAUACCAUGGACCCAGGGCCAACUCUGAAGUUGAAGUGAAAUCCAUAGUGGACUUCAUCAAGAGCCAUGGACAAGUUAAGGCUUUCAUUACCCUCCAUAGCUAUUCCCAGCUGCUCAUGUUUCCCUAUGGAUAUAAAUGUACCAAGUUAGACAACUUUGAUGAGCUGGAUGAAGUGGCCCAAAAGGCUGCACAGGCUCUGACUGGCCUGCAUGGCACCAAAUAUAAAGUGGGACCAAUCUGCUCAGUCAUCUACCAAGCCAGUGGUGGAAGCAUUGACUGGGCCUAUGAUUAUGGCAUCAAAUACUCAUUUGCCUUUGAGUUGAGAGAUACAGGCUACUAUGGCUUCCUCUUGCCAGCCAAGCAGAUCUUGCCCACUGCAGAAGAGACCUGGCUUGGCUUGAAGACCAUCAUGGAGCAUGUGCGAGACCACCCCUAUUAGGAAUCUGUGGAGUAGACAACCACAAUAAAAAUCUCUUUGGUUUAAAGCAAAA